AUGGAUUCACUUCAACUGUCCGAGUUCGACUUGCAGACAUUUUUCGGCAGUAACAAAGAUUACUCCGAACAACAGUCGUUGCCGCAAGUCAUGCUGGACGCAACAGCAGUUGUUCAUCAGGAGAAGUACCCUGGUGAAGGGUUAGUGCUGCCACCCCCUGUUGUGAACUUCCUCGAUCAUGGACACAGUCCGGAGCAAUCGGAUGUCACGAGUUACUACAGUGACGACAGCUGUGCUACCCCUCAUCACAUCCCAGAGUUCUGUCAGCUCACAUCGCCAGACGCCGAAGCUCCCAGUCAUAACUUUGUCUGGCCCAGCUGUAGCAACGUAAGCAAAGAACAAUUCUUCACAGCACCGGAAACUUCUAACUACGGUUUGAAGCAUGAAGAGUUCGCACACGCAUCUUGUCAAAAAGCAGUGCAACCGGGACCAUCAGACGCUGUUGCUUUUCCGUUUGUAACAUCACCAACGACAUCGCUUCCGUCACCAUCUUCAACUGUGUAUUCAGUAUCUAGUCCAGGCACACCCGGUCCUUCUUGUGUACGUGGUCGUCGACCACACGAUGCCUCUGCUCCAUACUCAACGAAAUCAAAACGACGCAUGGCAGAGAAAGGAACACAAGAAUACGUCGACAAACGAGCACGUAACAAUGUUGCUGUCAGAAAAAGCCGCGCUAAAGCUAAAGAAAAGCAGAAAGAAACAGAGGUUCGAGUCCAGGCUUUGGUAGAUCAAAAUGAACAACUGCAGAAAAAAGUUGACAUGCUAUCGAAAGAGCUGAAUGUUCUCAAAGGGUUAUUCAUGAAUAUCGGAGCAUCUAUACCAGACGAUUUUCUAAAAGCGAUCGGAGAUUCUUGA